AAAAAAAAAAAAAAAAAUAAUUUCAAACAUGUCAAAAAAUACUAUGGAACUUAAUAAAGUUUCCACAGAUAAUUCAAAAGAGAUCAAUUGGAUCAACGAUGCUAUUUCUAAAAAUUAUCUUAAACAUUAUGAAUUUAAAGAUUUUACUAAUAUUCAAGAAAUCGGUUCAGGAAAUUUUGGUAAAGUUUAUCGAGCAAACUGGAAGAAUUCUCAAAAAUGUUUCGUAUUGAAAUCUUUUCUAAAUAUCAAUACUGUCAUGGUUAAAGAAACUCUUUACGAGUUCAAACUUCAACAUACGGUCAAUUUUCAUGAUAAUAUUCGUCUUUACGGCAUUACUAAUCUAGAAAUACAAAAUAAGAAGUUAAAUAGUUAUAUGAUAGUAAUGGAUUAUGCCAAUGGCGGUACCCUUCAAGAUUAUUUGAAGAUACAUUUUAAGGACCUUACAUGGAAUGAUAAAUUAAAUAUGGCGCUUCAAUUAGCCUACGCUGUAUCGACUAUGCACGAAGCAGGAAUCGUACAUUGUGGUUUGCACUCCAAAAAAGUGUUUGUUCAUCAGAAUUCUAUCAAAAUAGGUGAUUUUGGAUUAUCGAAGAGAAUUGGAAAUGAAUCCAAAUCAAUAUUAUAUAAAAUUAUUCCGUACGUCGAUCCAAAAUGUUUUAGUUUACGAAAUAGUAAUGCAUUAUCCUCAUUAAAUGUAAAAAGUGAUGUUUAUAGCGUAGGCGUAUUAUUAUGGAUAAUAUCUUGUGGAUAUACUCCAUUUAAUACUAAUGGUGAAUAUGAUAUCGGUUUGGCCAUAGAAAUUUCACAAGGUCUCAGAGAAUCUAUUAUACCUGAAACUCCUAGUGACUAUGCAAAACUUUAUACAGAAUGUUGGGACGUUGAACCGGAUAAAAGACCAUCUAUGCAAGAAGUUGUUAGAAAAUUGUCAACAAUAAUUUUACAAAAAAAUGUUUAUCAAAAUUUUGAAAAAAAGAAUAUUAAAGAAAUUGGAACUUCAACAACUCCAACAUCAUCAUCAACUUCAUCAAA